UCUCACAUGGGAGAAUAGUGAUUCCUUCCUACAUGGUAUGGUCAGUAGUCAGGGAAGAACAUAGAAAAAGGCACUGGGGGGCAGAAGCUCUAUAUAAGGAUCUCACUAAAAACAUAAUAGCACGAAAUUUGUAUACUACUAUUAGACAAGUAACCCAACAAUGUGAUCUUUGUCUCCAGACUAAUCCUAAGAUUACCAAGGGGCCAAAGUUGGGAAAAAUUGGGAGAGGAAAUGUUCCUGGGCAACAUUGGCAGAUCGAUUUCUCGGAACUUCCUAGAAAAGGGGGGUAUCGAUAUUUAUUGGUACUAACAGAUACCUUUUCAGAUUGGCCAGAAGCCUUCCCGUGCAGAACUGCUAAAGCCUGGGAAGUGACCAAAAUACUACUCCAAGAGAUAAUACCUAGGUUUGGAGUCCCAGCGGUAAUGUCCUCGGAUAGAGGACCACAUUUUGUGUCCAGAAUAGUGCAACAGAUUAGCCACCAUCUAGGAAUAGAUUGGCAAUUACAUACCUCAUACCGACCACAAUCGAGUGGCCAGGUGGAAAAAAUGAAUCAUCUAAUCAAACAAAUGAUUGUCAAGUUAGGCCAAGAAACAAAUCUAACUUGGCCCCAGUCUUUGCCAUUAGCUCUUACACGAAUUCGAACUAGACCGAGAGCAAAAGAGGGGCUUAGCCCAUUUGAAAUUUUA